AUGUUUAACGCCCUAUUCCCUCAGAACCCCCAGUUUGUGGGACGGCAAGCGGUGACCUUCCACAACCAACGAGAUUUCAUAUUCUUCAGACAACACAGGUAUAUAUUCCGAAAUGGAAAACGGGUGGGCUUGCAAGAAAUUGGGCCACGGUUCACGCUCAAGCUCAAAUCGGUCCAGAAAGGCACAUUCGAUUCCAAAUUCGGCGAAUUCGAGUUCAUGCUCAACGUAAGUUAUAUGUGCCUCCCAUCUAGUGACUAUGGAGGUGUGCAUGUAUUCACGAUCACACAAACCGUCCAAGCGGGUCAAUCCACUGAUACGGAAUUUGCUUAA